AGAGAGCAGUGGAGAGAGUUCAGCUUAUGUGUAUAGUAUGCCUAUUGCAUGAGGUGUGUACAGCUAAUAUAACCGGGGCUGGCUGCGUGUGUGUAGUGGGGAGAGAGAGACCUUGUCGUCUAUCAGAAAGACCUGGGAUUGAAUACACACAGUAGGCUUUUCACACACACAGUGCUAACAAAGACGGCCAUGUUUGUCUGCUAGAAUCAACCGCACACACACUGCUCUCUGUAAACGUGUAUGUUGAGUUUGAUGGUCUAGACUGGGAGAAACGAGAGUGGUUACGCAUACAGGAUGAGGCCCAUCAGGUGUUCCUGGUAGAGAAGACCAUCGUGUGGGGACAGCGUGCCGACCCGUACGGCUCUCGCCCGAGCACUAUCCACUGGCCAGCACUGAAUUUCAAAGUGCUGGUGGACCGUGUUGGCCUUUCCAACAGCAACUUUGUACCAUUAGAGUUCUUCCACGACAAGCAUCUUCUCUUCCCCAAGAAGGAAGACGUUCGCCAGUUUGAGGAAGAUAACCCCAAGACCGCACAGUAUCCCGCGUUUCUGAACUACGUCGAGGUCAAGACCGAGGUGGACCAAUGGCUGCAUGAGCAGCAGGUACAGCACAUAUUGAUGCAAGCGCCGUACUCGUUAACUGGUUAUCGAGUACAGGUUUACCGUCUAGGCUCAACGACGCAGUGGUUCUCGGCUGUCAUUACUGGUCAUGAUCUCUACACAAGGGAGUUGAUUGUAAUGGAUGAUACAGUGCUGGAGAGUCACACAGAGAAUCCAGCUCUGGUACAGAUGGUCUUUCUCGAUGAUGUGGUGAGUUCGUUACUGAAGGGAGAGAAUGUUGGCAUUACCCCACGGCGCAGAGUCAAUGCAGCAAAUACAGCACAAACAGCUAACACGGGUACCUUUUCCAGAACCACACCCCGGAGCCACAGCCCCAGUCAAGCUUCUAGUCAGCUACCCCUACCAAGCAAGAAGAAAACACCCCGUUCCAAACUGGCCGACGUCCCCGAAGUGAACAAAGACAAGGACAAGGAAGAGAAGGAGAAGGAUAAAGAAAAAAUCACUAAAGAAAAGUCCUCCAGCAACCACAAGCCGAAGAAAGAGCGAAAGCGCAAACCCUGUGAUCCCGUAACGACUGAAGAUCCCAAGAAAGUGACAUCCCCACCCAAGAGGCAUCGGUCUAGAUCAGCUAGCUCAGAGUCAUCGCUGGACAAAGAGAAAGUUAAAGAGAAAGAGAAAGGACAAGACGAGGCCGAGAAAUCCAAGGAGGAAGACCCAAGUUUAAAGGAGGAUUUAAAGGUUGAGAAGAUUCUUCUCAGCAAAGAGGACAAGAAGAAAGAAAAAGAGGAGCAGAAGCGGGAUAACAAAGAGGAGAAGAAGUCCAAAGAGGACAAAAAGGAAAAGAAGGAGCGCAAACAUCAUCACCAUCAUUCUUCCCGCUCGCCGGAUCACGAGAAACACUCGAGCCGCCAUCGGAGCAAGUCGCGCAAGCACGGCAACGAGGAGAGGAAAUCUGAAACCAAAGACAACACAAGCCUUGUUGCUAGUGAGGGUAGGGACAUUGCACACACUGAGAGGAAACACCACAAAAGCAAACACAAGUCCAAAAACAGGGAGCCCAAAGCAAAGGUGGAUUGUGAACCGACAUCCUCCGACAUUCAAAAGGAAACCCCUACCUCCACUGUUGUUGAGGACGACACACCAAAGUUAUUUUUGUCCACGUCCAUGCCUAGAGUCUCCAACUUUAUUUCGCAGUGUGUUGCUAAUAUCAUAACAAGGGAGGUGACACGAGAUUUGGACACAAGCAAGCAUCAACUUGCUUCCAGCAAAGACUCACAAACAAGAGUGUGGGCACCACCCAAAGUGUCUGAGCUUGAUGCAGCAACUACGACCACAGUUGGACUUGUGACUGCUUGCAUCUCGUCAACGGUGAAUACCGAAUCAGUAACCACUGCCUCCUCUACUGCUAGCAACACCUCCACACCUACUCUCUGGAAUAGUCCAACACACGACACUGUCCCUGUGUUGCCAACAAGUAAUCCCCUCAGUCAGAACUCUGAAGCCGACACAGUGACUGAGCUUCCCUCUUCUGGGGAGACCAUACCUCUUAGAUCGGAGACAGAAGAGGAAGAAGGGAGAGAAAGAAUUCAGCAAGAAAUACUUAAGGCAGUAUCGGAGUCAAGCCACGAUCAGAGGAGAGACUCGGACACUGACGAAAUUUGCAGCAAAGAGCCCAACACUGCUACCUCUCACCAAUCGGACGAGACGAGAGAAGCGGCUGACUCCAGAAGAGAAUCAGAGGAUUCAGAAUCCAGGUUGAGAAGAGACGAUCUCCACUCGAACAGUCGUCCAUCAAGUGCCAAAUUGACCUUUAGCGUCGCAGAGCCAGUUCAAGUGUACAGGGACCCUAGCCUGGUAGACACAUCGGUGAGGCACAUCGAAUCUAUCCAGCACUUCCAACAUUUUAACCGUGAGCACACCCCUUCCCCUAGCCACAAGCUCUUAAGUCACUCACCUCACAGUACUCUGCGGGCAACGCCGACGGCAAUCGGGGUAAAACCUACUCCUUUUGUGCCGUCGGCAGCCAUCCCUUCAGUAGGCCACAUUCCAGCGCAUCACUCCUUACAGCGCCAUCCAAUGUUUUCCCAGGUUCACAUGUAUCCGCACCCACUGCCCCCUCAUGGACUGGCCAACUACCCUGCCCCGCCACACCUGGCAGCGUUGGAGCAGCAGCACCUUCAUCCUCCCCAUGUGGCAGGAUUCAUUCACCAGGAUUCCAUAGCCCGUCUAAGACCUCAGCUGGCGUACCCGACUCUCAUCAGCCCUCAGCUCGUGGCGCAACUUCAGGCGCAGGGGCUCCAUCCGGGGAUAUCAACAUCGCAGCUUCAGUCGUUGUGGCAGCAGCAGCAGCAACAGCAGCAGCAGCAUGCAGCGUCGCUUGGGAUGCCCACUGCCUGGGUCGUGCAUCCUGAGGAACUGACUCACAUGCACCAACAGCAGCAACAGCAGGAGAAGGCGCAGCAAGCUCAAGGCCAGGUACUCUCUUCGCAGUCGCAUCCGGACAGUAAGCUGCACACGCCCAGGCCAACAUCUCAACCUCCACACCAAGCAGCGACUGCACAACGGGAUAAUGCUAGAGAUUCUACCGUCAGACAUUACCAGGAAUACCCUCCAACUGAUGCGCAGGCCCUCGUUCAGCGCCACUUCCAGGAGUCGCUGCGUAAACUUCAAGUCCCGUUUUCAUUCAAUACCUCCUCUCCUACUAGCUCAGUGGGAAGUAUCACCACAGGGACGGCGAUACCCAAGAGAGAAGGCCAUGUUAUGAAGGAUCCUCUCGAAAGACAGUUGUCAUCAGACAAGUUUGACCCGGAGGAGAGGACAAGGCGAGAACGAGAAGAGAAAGAGCUGGAAUGGCAGAGAUUACAGCGAGACAAGGAGUUGAAACAACUCCAGCAACAGAGGGAGCGAGAGCUUGAACGGAGACUACAACCGGACAAAGGACAGCACUCGCUGAGUCAGAUGGAGAGAGACCGCUACUUGAAGAUGCACUCAUCGGAUAGCCAAGCCCGCCUCCAUGAGGACCAACUCUACCACAAGGCUUACCUCGCCCGCACCUCGGAGAGUGAGAGACUGCAGAGACUGGAGAAGGACCACAACACAGCUAUCGACCUGAAAAUGAAAACAGACGAGAGUCGUGGCAGAGAAGGCCACGGGUUUAAGGUCUACCAGCCCACACCCAAGCAAGAGGGCCAGGUGCCGUACUACGGGACGGCGCCCGUAAGGUACGAGGACUCCCGUUCAGGAGUACCGAUAAGAACUGAGCAGUCCAAGCACAUUCCUGCCUUCCAUGUCAAGAGUGAAUCUCUGGUCGGGUACCAACCGUUCAGGCAUGCUAUGACUAGCGGUAGUAAUGCAGAAAAGACUGGACUGGAAGGGGAUAAAUCGCCGCUUGAUAGCAAGCAAAACAUUGCGUAUUUAACGAGAACUGCAGACCCGCUGCGGACGGGGAGCAUAACCUCUGGGUUGCCCGUCAAAGCAGCAGCUGCAUCCAGGAAGGAUAUCCCCACACCCCCGCCUCUGAGGAGAGACCCGGACCCCAUCAAAGGCGGAGAAGCAGGACCCCAUAUAACGAGUGUUAUUCAGGCUAGAGAUUAUUCAGGGCGUCCACCAAUGUACACGGUUGCCGGAGGUUCCAGUCAGCAUCCAGCCUCCCAGGCAGGCAAACCGGUGUAUGCCAAGGAGGGUAUGGAUCUACGAGUUGGCGAUAACGCCCACAAUGUGCCGGUCAUCACUCAUAGCUCAAUAGGGAAGCCACCUCCUCUGCACGGUCAGCCGGGUCAAAGUAUGGCGAAUUCGAAUCGGAACAGUGGCCUACAACCCCAAUCCCCGCUGCGCGUGCAAACUCCGCAGCAACUCUCUGCUGCUGCUCUACAGCCAAUUGAAUUGCAGAAAUCCGGCAAGUCCCCGUCGGGUUACCCUCAGUCGACAACAACCCAUUCCCCUUACACCGUGCCAACCGGACAGACCUCACUCUUAAUGUCUGCCUUAAGACCCAAUGAUGUCAACCGCCAGGGCGAUUACCAGCAGUCACCGGAUGGAGCCAGAAAUGCGGAGACGCCCGCUGGAAAACGCAAAUCCGGUGGAUCAGGCGGGAAUGCGAACCGUAAGCGUCCCAAAGUCAAAGGCAAACCCGAAGCCGGAGAGGAAGCAAGUACAGCUUUGAACUCGAACACAGAGGAGCAAAAACAGAGUGGAGCCUACUUUGGCGAUUAUUACAAAACUUUUGUCAUGGACGCGCGCAACAGUCAGAUAACGGGAGGCUCAGCUGCUGAAGCUCAGAGUCGCGAGGCUGCCAGGAACAAUGAAAAUGUCGAACUCAAAAUUGAGAAGGUAGAUCAGUACCGCCUGGGUCUGGAUCCCAACGCCCCUAUGCCAUUUCUAGGUGAUAGGUUUAAUAAUGGAGCUAUGUCAGACAGUGAUAGUACCAGAUCAUGCUCCCCUAAGGCAACAGGCAGUGAGUCCUCCGACGGUCGGAGCGUCAAAACGGCCUCGCCCAACCGAUCAGGAGGCCAUGUGAAUCUGAAGAAGGCUUGGCUACAGCGUCAUUCAGAGGACAGUCAUACCUCUACAUUCAUCCCGUCCAGCGGCACUACCAGUACUCUAACAGAGCGCAAACUGUACGAGCUUGGUGUUAAAACACCCAACAGUGACUCUCUUAAAAUGCUCGACUCCCAGACCAAGGAGAGAGUAGCCCAGUCCAUACCCAAUGGCCAUAUGCAACAGGCCGGCUUCCUGAACAAUCGGACUGGCGACAACAAGCCCCUCAGUGCCGUCACCCUUGCAGACAUUCCAAAGAGCAGCGUCCCCGAUCACGUCUAUGACUUUGACAACUCGUCCACCUGCUCUGACAGCUCCACUACCUCUAAAGGUCGGGCCAAGCGGAGUAGAGAGUCCAAGCAUGUCAAGAAGCACCGGGAACGCAAGAAGCACUGCGGAGCCGGCGAGCGCAAGAGUAAACACAACAACGACAGCAGUAAGGACCAUAACAAGGGGAGAGGCAAUGCUCUGUUGGACAAGGAAGAGGAAAACGACUACGAUGGCUUCAAGAACUUUGGCAUGAUACCGGAGGGAGAGAGGACUAAUGAAUUAAAGCUACCAGCAAUAAUGGACCGUUUUAUUCAAGCCCCUAAGAAGCGCAUCGUAACGAGAGCACGCAAGGAGAAGGACAAAUUUGACGCCCUCAACGUGUCCCGUGCCCUUAUCAAACCCUCCAUCGCCAAGCUGAAGAAAUCUGGCGAGCCGUUCUUGCAGGAUGGGGCCUGCUGCGCCGUAACGCCCAGCCUGAUGAAGUGCAGGGAGUGUCGCAUGAAACCCAGCUCUAAACAGUCCAAGAUGAAUAUUUUCUGCCGGUUCUAUGCAUUUAGAAGAUUGCGAUAUUCCAAGAACGGUAACCUGACUAUAGCUGGUUUCUCGGAGCCGAGCCAUUGUCAACCGGAAGAUCUGACCCCAUGGUUGCCUUGCCCCGAUGCUGAUUGCCAACUAGACAUCGAGACGUCCAAGUACAUCUUGAAGAAGGUCGGGGAUCAGUUCUGUGAGCUUGUGGAGCAAGAGCAUCAGGCCCAGUCUUGGAGCUCAACACCAGACAAGAUAGCGUGGAAGAGAGCCGUGACAGGUGUAAGGGAGAUGUGCGAUACGUGCGACACGACGUUAUUCAACAUUCAUUGGACCUGUCCAAAGUGUGGCUUUGUGGUGUGUUUAGAUUGCUACAAGCAAAAGAAGAACCCCGUCACCAAAGCCAAGGGUAAAGCGAGACCAAGCCUGGUGUGGCUGAAAUGCAUCAAGGAUCAACCUCAUCAGCUGGACAGCCUCAUCCUAACCCAGAUCAUCCCCGGCUCUGCUCUUUGGGACGUCGGGAUGCUUGUUCAUCAGAUGCGAAAUAAGUGGAACAUCGCUGCCUCCUGUCCUUGUAGCAAGAGGUCAAGAGAGGUCAACUCACCCGACAAAGUGCCUGCCAUUAAUGGUGUCUCACCGGUUGUGUUGAAUAAUAAAACACCAAGUGAAUCCAGUAAGAGCGAACCCAGUGAUUCCGGUAACUCCACUCCGAUUCACAGCAACUCCAGGAGUCCCAAAGCACCUAAGCUAACUACCUUCCCAUCUGCCUCUCCGCUGGACGUCUUGGCCAACGUGGCUACAUCAGCCCAGUCGGAGAGCACCAAACGCUUCACAAACUCCUCCCCCACGUCGUACGAGCAGUCGCAAACAGACACCAAGGCCUCAAUGCCGACCACCGACAAAGUAUCGCGGACGGAUGCCGAGUCUAACAAGGCAGAAGCCUGCUCCACGUUACGUGAGCUCUUGACGAAGACUGCUGGUAAACUUGGACGUCCGACUGGAGGAAUGGAUGGAUCCGCCUACCUCAUGACCGCAUUCCUCCCUAGAGGGGACACAAUUAACAAGAAGUCUACCAGGACUAUGACCAGCACCUUUAAUGAUAUCAUCGCAACCGUGGUGGAGCAGAAUAUUUCGGCGCCGGCGCUGAACAAACACGAUCGCGGCCAGAUCAAGAUGCCAACCCGACCAGCCAGUCAGCAGACGAUCCCAGUGGAGCUCCCUCAGACCAUCUACUCCACCAAUCCACCCCUGAAGCCAGAGUCUCCUCCUGUUGGUGUUGUCGCGGUGAACGCCACCACCGCUGCUGGUGAGGCUACCAUUCUACCUCAGGGUAGACAGACAUUGACGGAGUCUAGCGUGGAAUACCCAGAUGUGCCUCAUUCUUGGCUCUGUGAUGGCCGUCUGCUCAGGCUACAUGAUUCCUCUCAUAAAGGCAACCUCAGGAUCUUCCAGGAGCAGUGGAGAAGAGGCGUGCCUGUCCUUGUGAGUGGGGUCCGUAAACUACUCGAUGAGCAACUGUGGCAUCCAACGUUCUUCAAUACAAAGUUUGGAGAGCUCACGAAUGACCUGAUCGAUUGUCACACGGGCAAUGUCAUCCAGGGAGCACCCAUGAAGGAUUUCUGGGACGGCUUUGAAGACGUACACAAUCGUCUGGAGACCAAACACGGCAAACCGUUCAUCCUGAAGCUGAAAGAUUGGCCGCCGGCCGAAGACUUUGCAGAGUUAUUGCCAGACCACUUCCAGGAUCUGAUGAGGAAUCUACCACUGCCUGAAUACACCAGACGAGACGGACGUCUUAAUAUCUCAUCUAGGCUGCCAGAUUUCUUCGUCAAACCGGACUUGGGACCCAAGAUGUAUAAUGCAUACGGUCUCGCUACACGUCCAAAGGAAGGCACUACUAACCUGCACUUGGACAUCUCCGACGCGGUCAACGUCAUGGUGUACGUCGGCGACAACAAGAACAUUCAGAACGGCAAGGUGGCCAGCGAGAUCUCUCAAGACAUCCUGGAUGCCAUUGAUGAGGUGUGUAACGACGAGCAGACCAAGCAACGUGUCCGAGAGAACAACGAAAGGCCCGGCGCCAUCUGGCAUCUGUUCCGCGCCGACGACGCCGAUAAGAUCAGGGAGCUGUUGACCAAAGUGGCGAAGGAGCAGGGACAGGACGUCCCCGAUGACCACGAUCCGAUCCACGACCAGAGCUGGUAUCUGGAUGAGGACCUGUUGGAUCGUCUGUUCAGAGAGUUUGGCGUACAGGGCUGGCCAAUACUACAGUGCAUGGGAGAUGCAGUCUUCAUCCCAGCUGGGGCUCCCCAUCAGGUGAGGAACCUUCACUCCUGCAUCAAAGUAGCAGAGGACUUUGUGUCCCCGGAGCACAUCUCCAACUGCUUCCAGCUCACCCAUGAGUUCCGUCGACUCAGUAACGCCCACUCCAACCACGAGGACAAACUACAAAUCAAAAAUAUCAUCUUCCACGCCGUUAAGGACGCCGUCGGGGUCUUGAUGAACCAGGAGAAGCAGCAACCGAGUAAUGGGUCACCACGGUGACAAGAGAGGAAUGGUAGUAACCAUCAUUGCUUAGAGUUGUAGGAUUGUUCUAGCAGACCCGCCGAGAGGGGACGCUUACGAUGUGAGGUAAACCACGCAUCUGAGAUGGGUGUCUUCGGCUACUGGUAUAACCACCAUUGCUUAGAGUUGUAGGAUUGUUCUAGCAGACCCGCCGAGAGGGGACGCUUACGAUGUGAGGUAAACCACGCAUCUGAGAUGGGUGUCUUCGGCUACUGGUAUAACCACCAUUGCUUAGAGUUGUAGGAUUGUUCUAGCAGACCCGCCGAGAGGGGACGCUUACGAUGUGAGGUAAACCACGCAUCUGAGAUGGGUGUCUUCGGCUACUGGUAUAACCACCAUUGCUUAGAGUUGUAGGAUUGUUCUAGCAGACCCGCCGAGAGGGGACGCUUACGAUGUGAGGUAAACCACGCAUCUGAGAUGGGUGUCUUCGGCUACUGGUAUAACCACCAUUGCUUAGAGUUGUAGGAUUGUUCUAGCAAACCCGCCGAGAGGGGACGCUUACGAUGUGAGGUAAACCACGCAUCUGAGAUGGGUGUCUUCGGCUACUGGUAUAACCACCAUUGCUUAGAGUUGUAGGAUUGUUCUAGCAGACCCGCCGAGAGGGGACGCUUACGAUGUGAGGUAAACCACGCAUCUGAAAUGAGUGUCUUCGGCUACUGGUAUGGCUGUAGGCAGCAUCGACAACAUCGACGAUAAAAGCUAUUCAGCCAUUAAUGCUGAAGCUGCCUAUGCGGAUACAGCUUGACAUGAAAAACACAGAUGAGAAUUUGUGGGUCCAGACUAACUGACAAAAACCAGCAGAAUUUGCAUUCCUAUUGAGGGUGGUUUAGGGGUACCAGACUUGUAGAACAGUGGACUUUGAUUUUGAUAGGAGAUAAUGAAUUGAGGGUUUAGAGAUUAUUAUCGAAGACGAAAUACUAUAAGAGUUGGUUUGCAUGAUUGUGAUAUUGGUGCUGCACAGGGUAGAUGAUGGAUUCUACAUCCUGGUUGAUCAGUAUGAGAGAAUUGUCUUCAUUGAAGGCAGUCUCUCACCCUGUGCAAAGAAGGUGCACAUUAUGAUGCAGCAGUAGAAAGGUACACGAUGUGAAAUGAGAGUAACUUAAUUUUUCGUACAUGACAACAUUUUGAUACCAAGAAAUUUUCCUUCUCAGAAAUGGAAAGUUGUGUUGCGACAAAACUCAUACUGAAAUGACUCUGCGUCAAAAUAAGUCUGUAGAUGGAAUGGCUUCACUCUUGGGGGGUGGGGGGGGGGAUUUAAGUUGAAUAUUGUUUGGCAGUCGAAAAGAAUUGAGUGCAAGAAAGGGGAGUAAUUAGUUGGCCACAUGAAUCCAGUUUCAUUUUUGUUUUGACAGUAUUUGAUGUCUUGAUCUUAAGAUAUUGUGGAUCUUUCAGUGCUACCGUUAAGUUGCCUUUAUAUUGUUGUUUUUCAUUAGUUUUUUACUUUUUGUUUUGUUAUAAAUCUUUUGAUGAGUACACAAAAUAAUGUUGUGGCCAAAGGGUUUAGCUAGCUGAAUUCAUGUUAAGAAAUCUCUGUAGUGAAUUUUGUAUAAACGGAGUUUAAGUGUGUUUGUGUUUUUCGAUUUUUGUGUUGCCCUCUUCCUCUCCGGGCCUAUUUAUAUCAGCAAUGUUUCAUUCUUUUCAAGAGUAACUUUCUGAUGUUAUGAAAAUUGAUGUGAGGGCAUUUUUCAAACCUUUGUUUUGGCCGGGGAAAGACCUUUGCAUUGCUAGAGUAGAUAUCUAACCACGAGACCAUCAGUGUAUAAGGGUAAAAAUUAUCAUCUAUUAAGGCAGGUUAGUGUAGAGGUGUAAUCUCGCCUUCCACCUCUGGGACCCAAGUUCGAGUCCCACUGGGGUCGGAUUGGGUUUUCAGUCCUUACUUGACUGCGUGGGUGUUCCCUGGAAUAAUUCUCUGGGGUUUUCCUCCCACAUCUAGAACUGAAACUACUUCAUCAUCAUCUCUUCUCGUUUGGCUCGUAUCCGAGCGAUGAGAAUGUUAUUCCAGAUCCAGACUCCUUGUAUUUUUUUGUGGUAAGCUACAGAACUACAUGUACUGUUCCUUCAUUUAAAAGAACAAAACAUAAAUGUUAAAAAUAUCUUAACGCCAAUAAUCAAUGGCUUUGAUGUUCAAUGUAAUUGUGUGAUGAGGCUACAGCAAUUAACACAUAAUCUGACAUUCCAUUUUCUUGUGUUAAGUGUUAAACGAUCGUCUACAAUCAAUUUAACCAAUAUCAUUUGUUGUUGUUUUGUUUUACGUUUCCAAUUGAUUUUGUGUGCCAUAAUUUAUAGGCACCCUGUUUGUGCACUAUUUCCGGUGGCAAGUUUUCACCGUCGUCUAAGAUUGGAUUUCGCAGACACCGUAUACUUUUCUGAUUCGAGCAAGAUGUUCAUACCAUAUGAAGUGUAAAAGAUGUUUCUGCGGAGGAAUAUUUUGUUUAAUGACAUAGACUUUUCAAUUGCACUAGUUUUGAUUUGACAGGGAACCUUGUGAGUUUUGUUUUCUGUUGUGUUAUUUUGUUGUUGUCGCGAGGAGCACCCUGUUAAAAACACAAUGCAAGUUUUAUGUAAUAGUAAUGGGAUUCAAAGGCCAUAUGUCAAUACUAUUUAUCCUGAUAAUUUUUAUUGUUUUAUCCCGUUGAAACGUUCUUUCAAGCAGUUUGUUUUUCAUGGUAGUUUGAGGGAAAAGUGAUUGAUGUACAAAUUUAUAGGGGAAUUCCAAGUCAUUAGAUUAUGUCAAAGAGAUUCAGUACAGUAGUUUGAAUGAAGCAAGGUCUGGUUUUGUAAUUACGACGGUAGAACAUCAUGAAUUAAAAAAAAUUAAAUACAAAGAAAGAAAUUAAAAGACAUUUAAGUCAAGUGACCUUUGGAGGAAUGUCUAUAUGUACAAAUACUGUAUAUAAUUAAAAAACAAAACGUGUGUAGUGUGUACGUAUGUAAAUUGUUUUUAAUACUUUUUUAGUGAGGGAUAACAAUUUGUACAUAACUAAAUAUUGCCGUUGUGCAUUUUGAGAAAGAAGACAAAAAAUGACAAUGGUAGACUAGUUUGAUGACAUCAGAUUAUUGUUUGAUAACCGGUGGUUUCUUUCUGUUUUCAAUGUGUGAAUGAGAUUGGUGUAAACGAAGGGAGUGAGUUUGCCUUUUAAUAGUGUUUCUGUACAUGUAGGGUUUAAUUCCUGAGACUAGAAAUGUGCAUCUUUUCACCUUGAAUCUUGUGAGGAGUGCAGGGCAUUCUGGGUGAUGUGAUGAGUGUUAAAACUCCAUAAAUACACAUGUAGCUGUGCUGUAUAUAUGUCAUAUAGUGUUAUUUUUAUAUGAAAGACAAAUUAAGAAGUCAUGCUUAUAAUAUAGGGUGUGUGGAUGGAGGGCACCAACGUUAAGUGUUGGACCCUCCAUCCUAAAACAAAAAACAACAGCUAUGUACAGUCUAAGACAUGUGAAUACAUGCACCCUAUUUUAUCAGAGAUAAAAAAUUUAAAAUAUCUGUAUGCAUGGCUUGGCUUGCUAGAGCUUAUUACUAUAAAAUUGUUAACUGAAGGAGAAGAAAACCAUGAAUCUAAAAUGAGA